ACGGAGUUGAAUCAGGAAACAGUUUAUGUUUCCGCGAACGUUUUGAUUGCAAGGGAAUGGUGUUGGAUCCAACGAUUUACCUGCAACACAAAAGCCGGCGGAGUAAUCCAUACCUGGAAAAAGAAUGCUCCCACGCCCUCCUAGUGUGCCUCGGCCUCGGCAUUGCAGCCACUCUUAGCGCCUUCCACUCGCACUUCCACAACUUGUGCUCGCCAGAUAUCGCGAACCCUCCACCCUGCCUUCGAUCUCAGCUGGAUCCAGAGCACGCGGGCUGUGAGUCACUGCCGCUCCCGAUGUUCCCAAUUUCGGUUGACCGCGCUGGACUUCUCUUACCACCCCCCACUCGGGAGUCGGCCAGCAGAUGCUGAGCGUAAGUUUAGGGUUUAGCCAAGGUCUCUGAUUUAUGGUUUAUUCAGGCAGCUCCAUUUCGGGCCCUCCUUGUUGUCCAGGCGCUGCCAGGGCUUGAUUCCAACUCCUCGGAAAUCCGUCGCCAGCGCAUCAUUAUCAGCCCAGUAGGCAACAGAUCUCAUCUCACACCAAAGAUUCGUCGGCCCGGCAUGCGCUUAUGUUCAGACUCGAAAUGGCACCCUUCCUUCGAGCGCGAAUUCGCAGGGGAAACAAACAGACGCCCAACAGACGCUGUGGACCCACAAAACGAAGUGAUUUAACCGGUGAAGCUGAGCGCCCUCAGCCUCAUCGUUAACUCCCCGCGUUAUUGUAAUGUCCUCCAGCUCCCAAGAUAGCCCCCUCCGCGACCUCUACCUCCG